GCCUUGGGCGCAAGCAAAAAGCAGCAGCUUAGGCAACCUGGCGAGACUUGCAAGCCAACCUCCGGUCAAGCACGUCGAGCUCUACUUGACUGGUGGGAGCUCUUGGGUGUUCCUCAGCGGUGCCAAAUUGACCAGGACAGCUGCUUUCGUGGUAUCUUCAAGUCUGCGUUGGACACCUUUGGAAUUGAGGACAUCCUGAUUGCCCGUGACGUUCAUUGGAGUCAUGGCAUGGUUGAGAGACGUGUUUUGAUGCUAAAGGAGAUGGUUGCAAAAUUGGCCCCAGAAUUUCAUGCGAAGGGCAGUUUGCUGAUGAGAGUGGUGAUGACGGAGUGUGCCCACACCAUCAACAGGCUGAAAAACAACCAAGGCUUCUCUCCAGCUCAAUGUCGCGUGUUGGGUUCCAACACCACUCUGCCUGAAGUGAUCAGCGGUGGGAGGCUAGCCACAACUCAGCCUUACGCCGUGCACUUUCUCAAGUUCGAAGACAGCCUGGACCUUUCGAACUCCAUUGCAUGGUACAAGGGGAAGAUGGCAAAGCACCAGAUGCAGCACACAUGGCAUGGACCAGCCCGUGUCAUUGGGAAGGACCUUCAUGGUUAUUGGCUGAUCCACCGUGGAAUGCCAAUCCUUGCGCAUGCCAACAACUUGAGGCGUGCUGUGGAUUCUGAGAUGUUCGGGAACCCUGGUGCUAGGCCUAUGGAAGAUGAGGACGAUGAUGAUGAUGGUCCUGGAGGUGGACAUGGACCAAAAGCGCAACGUGGAAUCUUGGACCUCACCAAAGAGAUUCCUGACAAUCCCAUGGAGUCAGUGGAGGAUGAUGUGUUCACUGGCGAAUCUCGUUUUGGUGACGGCCUUCCCAUGUCUCAUCCUUCUGACCGUCCUGAGAAUGAGUACUUCCCGGAGGAUCUGCUCGAUCCAAAACCACUUCCUGAAGAUCUCCAAAUGAUUGAAGACAAAGCUGAUGGAUGGAUCGAAAUCUUUGGAAAACAUGGGAUGGUCCUGAAAAGGCCAUUGGAUGUAGAGUAUGAGAAGAUGAUCGCAGUCUUCAAUCGAGAUCACCACGCUGGUCCGGAUCCUCAAGGACCUGAAGAAGUGGAGAAUGUCUUUGAUGAUGAGAAGCUGGAAGAACGAAGAUUGAGAAGAAUUCCCAAAGAGGUCAUUGAUGAUGCUAUGCAACGUGGCCUUGACAAAGAAUUCCAAACUUGGGACAAAUUUGAAGCCAUUGAGGUGAUCCCCCCUGCUCAGGCCAACGAGAUCCGCAAGAAUGAGAAGGACAAAGUGAUCAGCUCAUGUUGUGUGUGGACAAGAAAGGAGACUGGUGAUGGAAAACUUGAGGUCAAAUGCCGAAUCGUCGGGCGUGGAUUUCAGGAGCAGCUUGAUGAAAACGUGAGAAGGGACAGCCCUACAUGUUCUCAACUGCUGGUGAGCCUGAUUUGCUCGAUAGCUGCAAGCCGUGGCAUGAAGAUGACCGCACCAGAUGUUCGUGGUCCUUUUCUGCAAGGUUUGAAGAUCGACCGUAAGCUCUAUUCCGAGCUUCCUUCAAACACUGGCAAGGCGAUGAUCAAUGGCAUUGAGCCUGGUUCCUUGCUGAGGUUGAAGAAGAGCAUCUAUGGUGUCAACGAGAUCAUUGCAGUUAUGGCAUUGCAUAUGGAUAAUGUGCUGCUGGCGAUGGACUAUGGUCAAUUCCCUGAUGAAUGCAAGAAACUGGAGGAGGACUUGAAGUCUUCAGUUGAAUGGGGAGUCUGGCAAGCAUGCAUGGACGGAAGAGUCAAAUUCUGCGGAAGGAGCUACAAGCAACUUCCUGACUUCACGGUGGAGGUGGAUGAUGAUGACUGCAUCAACUACAUACAUGACGCCAUGCAGGCUGCAGGAAUUACGAUUGAAAACUUGACUGAUGAAGCGCAAGCCUCUCAAGAGAGAGGUCAAGAGAGAGGCGAUUCAGGAGUCUCUUUGUAUGCCCAGCACGACGGGGAGCCGUACUUGAUCAACCUGGUCAACAUCAGCUUGAGUUCCCCUGAGGUGACUUCAUCUCUUCGAAGCAUCGAUGGUGCAAUCGUGCUGGUAGAUUGCAACAAGGGUUGUGGCAAGCAGACAGAGUGUAACUUGCGCCGAGCUCUUUUUGAGCGCGUGAAGCUUUGCCUUUUUAUCAGCAAGGUGGAUUCCUGCAUGCAGAUGGAAGCGGAGGCUGUCUACCAGCGUUGUGUCGCCGCCAGCGACGGUGUGAACAAAAUCGUAGCAAUGUUCAACGAUGUUCUCACACCAAUGGACAUGCGAGUGCAUCCUAAGGAUGGCACAGUUGUGUUUGGCAGUGCUUUACAUGGAUGGAGCUUCACCAUUUGGCAAUUUGCCAAGAUCUAUGCAGCCAAGCUGGGCCUUAACGAGGCAAUUGGUGACAAUGACAUGGAGCAGCGCAAGAAGAUGAUGACCUAUUUUGGGAUUGUGCUUACGGAGCACGACGAGGAGCUGAGUGGUGAUGUUUUACUGACGCGAACGAUGCAAGUGUGGCUCAACUCCAUGGACAGCCUCUUGGGCAUGGUAGUCACAAAGCUGCCAUCACCCCAAGCUGCCGAGAAGUAUCGGGUGCAGAAUUUCGGGGAGGAGAGCACCAGCGCAGAUUGUUUCGACAUGGUAGAUCAGGGACUCCAACUUCAAGUCCUGAAGAAGCGGACUUUUCAGAUGAAGAACCAAUCGAUGAUCAUGAUUCAGCGAGUGGUUCGUAGCACUUUCUCUGCAGAGGCCUACUCGUGUUCAGAGGCCAUGGAUUCUUUGAAUUUUCUGCGUGGGACGUUGUGCGAGAUGUUGCAGCCACAGGCUAUUUCCAAGGAGUAUGCCAACAAGCUCCAUACUAUUCCCGGCGUUUGUGUGACAGACUGUCGGAGCCUUUAUGAUUGCCUGCGCUCUGAGAGGACUUUGCUUUCAGAUAAGAGACUGAGUUUGGAGGCAGCAAUUAUUCGACAAUCGCUUUCUGAAAACCUGGGAAUCCAUUGGGUGUCAGCAGAACAACAGAAGGCAGGAAUUACGAUUGAAAACUUGACUGAUGAAGCGCAAGCCUCUCAAGAGAGAGGUCAAGAGAGAGGCGAUUCAGGAGUCUCUUUGUAUGCCCAGCACGACGGGGAGCCGUACUUGAUCAACCUGGUCAACAUCAGCUUGAGUUCCCCUGAGGUGACUUCAUCUCUUCGAAGCAUCGAUGGUGCAAUCGUGCUGGUAGAUUGCAACAAGGGUUGUGGCAAGCAGACAGAGUGUAACUUGCGCCGAGCUCUUUUUGAGCGCGUGAAGCUUUGCCUUUUUAUCAGCAAGGUGGAUUCCUGCAUGCAGAUGGAAGCGGAGGCUGUCUACCAGCGUUGUGUCGCCGCCAGCGACGGUGUGAACAAAAUCGUAGCAAUGUUCAACGAUGUUCUCACACCAAUGGACAUGCGAGUGCAUCAUAAGGAUGGCACAGUUGUGUUUGGCAGUGCUUUACAUGGAUGGAGCUUCACCAUUUGGCAAUUUGCCAAGAUCUAUGCAGCCAAGCUGGGCCUUAACGAGGAAAAGCUGCUUAAUCGGAUGUGGGGGGACUGCUUCUGGCAUGCCAGAAAAAAAGUCUGGACCAAUGUGCCUGAGCCAGAAGGCUGCACUGAGCCUUUGCAGCGAGUUUUCUGUGAGUUUAUCAUCCUGCCCAUAAAGCAUCUGACGCAGGCAAUUGGUGACAAUGACAUGGAGCAGCGCAAGAAGAUGAUGACCUAUUUUGGGAUUGUGCUUACGGAGCACGACGAGGAGCUGAGUGGUGAUGUUUUACUGACGCGAACGAUGCAAGUGUGGCUCAACUCCAUGGACAGCCUCUUGGGCAUGGUAGUCACAAAGCUGCCAUCACCCCAAGCUGCCGAGAAGUAUCGGGUGCAGAAUUUCGGGGAGGAGAGCACCAGCGCAGAUUGUUUCGACAUGGUAGAUCAGGGACUCCAACUUCAAGUCCUGAAGAAGCGGACUUUUCAGAUGAAGAACCAAUCGAUGAUCAUGAUUCAGCGAGUGGUUCGUAGCACUUUCUCUGCAGAGGCCUACUCGUGUUCAGAGGCCAUGGAUUCUUUGAAUUUUCUGCGUGGGACGUUGUGCGAGAUGUUGCAGCCACAGGCUAUUUCCAAGGAGUAUGCCAACAAGCUCCAUACUAUUCCCGGCGUUUGUGUGACAGACUGUCGGAGCCUUUAUGAUUGCCUGCGCUCUGAGAGGACUUUGCUUUCAGAUAAGAGACUGAGUUUGGAGGCAGCAAUUAUUCGACAAUCGCUUUCUGAAAACCUGGGAAUCCAUUGGGUGUCAGCAGAACAACAGAAGGCAGAUUGUUUGACAAAGACUCUGGGUAAGAAAGGGCUCAACUACAUACAACAAGUGCUCGCAGACAACACUUGCAUGCUUGGGCCGGAUCCACGAAUUGUGAUCAAAUGUCUUCGUGAAGAAAAAGCUGGUAAGAUAGCAACGUAUGCAGAGAGUCAAGCGGCGAAUGGUGAUUACACAAAGAGGAUGAGCAGUGGUGCUGGCACAACCACCAUUUUGGUGGCCACACUUGCAAGUUGUUUCACAUCCGCUGAAGGUGUUAUCGCAGAGGAGAGUCACGGCAAGGCUACUUUGGCCAGCUCUUUGAUUUCCCAGGCAGGAAUUACGAUUGAAAACUUGACUGAUGAAGCGCAAGCCUCUCAAGAGAGAGGUCAAGAGAGAGGCGAUUCAGGAGUCUCUUUGUAUGCCCAGCACGACGGGGAGCCGUACUUGAUCAACCUGGUCAACAUCAGCUUGAGUUCCCCUGAGGUGACUUCAUCUCUUCGAAGCAUCGAUGGUGCAAUCGUGCUGGUAGAUUGCAACAAGGGUUGUGGCAAGCAGACAGAGUGUAACUUGCGCCGAGCUCUUUUUGAGCGCGUGAAGCUUUGCCUUUUUAUCAGCAAGGUGGAUUCCUGCAUGCAGAUGGAAGCGGAGGCUGUCUACCAGCGUUGUGUCGCCGCCAGCGACGGUGUGAACAAAAUCGUAGCAAUGUUCAACGAUGUUCUCACACCAAUGGACAUGCGAGUGCAUCCUAAGGAUGGCACAGUUGUGUUUGGCAGUGCUUUACAUGGAUGGAGCUUCACAAUUUGGCAAUUUGCCAAGAUCUAUGCAGCCAAGCUGGGCCUUAACGAGGAAAAGCUGCUUAAUCGGAUGUGGGGGGACUGCUUCUGGCAUGCCAGAAAAAAAGUCUGGACCAAUGUGCCUGAGCCAGAAGGCUGCACUGAGCCUUUGCAGCGAGUUUUCUGUGACAAUGACAUGGAGCAGCGCAAGAAGAUGAUGACCUAUUUCGGGAUUGUGCUUACGGAGCACGACGAGGAGCUGAGUGGUGAUGUUUUACUGACGCGAACGAUGCAAGUGUGGCUCAACUCCAUGGACAGCCUCUUGGGCAUGGUAGUCACGAAGCUGCCAUCACCCCAAGCUGCCGAGAAGUAUCGGGUGCAGAAUUUCGGGGAGGAGAGCAUCAGUAUCUGUGGCCCUGGAUGUCCGUUGAUGGUGCGUGUUUCUGACACGGGCAGCAGCUACGCCUG